AUGGGCAAAGAUUACUAUCAGAUUCUCGGCAUUUCCCGUACGGCCACUACCGAUGACAUUAAGAAGGCGUACCGCAAACUGGCCCUACGCUACCAUCCGGACAAAAACAAAGCGCCCGAAGCCGAGGAAAAAUUCAAACUGAUUGCCGAAGCCUAUGAAGUAUUGUCCGACAAAAAGAAACGCGAUAUCUAUGACCAGUUCGGUGAAGAAGGUCUACAAAAUGGCAGCAGUGGUGGCGGUGGCGGAGGUUCGGGUAGUUAUUCCAAUGGCGGCGGCGGUGGCGGUAUUCCUCACUUUACAUAUACAUUUCAUGGCGACCCUCGGGCAACGUUUGCUCAGUUUUUCGGAACCGACAAUCCGUUUGAGAUGUUCUUCAAUAUGGGCGGACUCGGCCCACACGGCACGGGCGGUCAUCACGGGUCGGGUAUGUUUGCAUUCGGUCCCGGUUUCGGUUUGUUUCACGACUUCGAUGACAUGGAUUUGGACGACUUGUUCGGAUUAGGCGGACCGUCGGGUCGCGGAGGUAACGCAUUCCGGUCGCAAUCGUUUCACGGCAGCAGUCCAUCGCAUGGGUUAGGAUUGGGCGGUAUCGGCAGUCAUAGAAAAAUGGGCGGUUCCACAGCCGGCACUCGUCAGGAUCCAGCCAUAGAGCACGAACUGUUCCUCACACUCGAAGAGGUGCUCAAAGGUUGCGUCAAACGCAUGAAAAUUACACGUAGAAUACCGGCAGCCGACGGCCGGACUGCCAAAAAAGAGGACAAAGUACUUACCAUUAAUGUGAGGCCCGGCUGGAAGGCCGGCACAAAAGUGACGUUCCAACGGGAGGGCGACCAAAGCGGUACGGCUAUACCGGCAGAUAUUGUGUUCAUUAUUAAGGAUAAGCCGCAUCCGGUGUACAAAAGGGAUGGCAUUGAUCUAAAAUAUACGGCAAAAAUUACAUUAAGAGAGGCCCUAACCGGUUGCAAAGUGAAUGUGCCGACUCUUACCGGUGAUAUUGUUCCCCUGCGGAUCAACGAUAUUGUAAAGCCGACUACUGCCCGCCGGAUACCUGGCCACGGUUUGCCGCACGCCAAAGAUACUGAAAAACGUGGCGAUCUUGUCGUCACAUUUGACAUCAAAUUUCCCGAUUACUUGACGGAACCUACGAAACAAAUACUAACCGAUUGUUUGCCAUAAAACUGGGGCCCAAAAUAUAUACAAACAAACACAUAGAGAGCACAAUCCUAAAA